UAUUUAUAUUUAUAAAUGCGUUUAUUUAUUUUUUUACUUGUUCAGUAUUAGUUAACUCAUAAUCUAACAAAUAGCCAUGACUUGGCCCUGAAUUAUUUAUCUAGUGAUUACUAAUUAUAAUUAGUGAUUACUGAGAAAAUAUAGAACACCUGUUAUUGUGAAAAUACUGUAUAUAUUUCCGCUCGGUUUUAAAUAUAGUCUUCUGAGAAAGUAUAAGGUCUAGAAGAAAUUAAUCAAAAAACCAAAGCCGCUAAAAUGAAUUUGCAUGUGAUUGCUGAUACACUUAGUAUCAUUACAAUAACUAUUUGUUUUAUACUCAAGGUUCCUCAAAUUUUAAAUUUAUUAGCUGUCAAAUCAGCUAAAGGAAUGUCUAUUUUAGGAUUAAUGUUAGAACUUACUAGUUACACAGUAACGACAUGUUACAAUUACACCAAUGGAUAUUCAUUAUUAUCUUACCUAGAAUAUCCAAUUAUUUUAAUUCAAGAAUACAUACUCAUAUAUCUAGUAUUAAAAUAUCUGAAAAUGAUAAAUAAAUUAACGAUAGCCAUUGCUUCAUGCUACUUCGUCGUUGGUACCUGUAUUUUAGUGGGAAUUAUCCCAAAAGUUAUUCUUACAUUUUUAACACCAAUGGGUACUCCAAUAUCCGCGUCCAGUAAAAUAGUCCAACUGCUAGCAAUCGUGAGAUCAAAAAACUCAGAGUCUGUCUCCAUACUAACGUGGUUUAUAUCAGCCUUCACCAACAUGACGAGGAUAUUCACCAUCUGGGUCGACUCUGCAGAUUUAUUAUUGCUAGGAAACUUUAUAAUUUCAACAGUAUUAAGUUUGAGUGUAAUGCUGGCUGUUUAUUACAAGCCUUCUAAAAAGAAUUUAAGUUAGUAAAAUAAUAAUAAU